GAAAGCGAACUUGGGCUGAUCAUCAAGCUGAGCUGGCUGAUCACUCGUGUUCUUGUGUUGGCUUGUCACCACGGAUUGCGUUUUCUUUUGUAUGUGUGUGGAUGUUUUGAUAGAAGGCACGUAUCUACGCCUCACAUAUUUUUGUGCACACUCUGAAUUGCGUAACUAUCAAGACAACAUUUUGAAGAUCUAAACAAACACAUUUUUCGACGACAUGGAUUCCGCCAAUCAAGACAUCAAUUUGAAUUCUCCACAUAAAGGCCUGGGCACUGAUUCUCUCUCAGAUGUGCCAGAAGAGAGAGGGGCAGUGGCUGUGAAUCCAGUGACUCUCCCCCCAGGUCUAACAGAGGAGGAGGCCGAGGAACUGAGACUGGAACUCACCAAGGUUGAGGAAGAGAUCCACACCUUGAGGCAGGUUCUGUCGGCUAAAGAGCGCCACGCAGCUGAGCUGAAACGUAAACUGGGCCUGAGCCCCCUGAGUGAGCUCAAACAGAACAUCACCAAAAGCUGGCAGGACGUCCAGACCUCAAAUGCAUAUCUUUCAGCUUCUGCCACUCUGGAUGACAUUGCCAGCUCUGAAGUGUAUAAAAAGACUCAGGAAACACUGUCUCAGGCUGGACAGAAGACAUCGGCUGCCCUCACCACCGUGGGCACAGCCAUCAGCAGGAAACUGGGGGACAUGAGAGCUCUCCCUUUCUCUAACUCUUUUGGUAAUUACUCCAUUCGCCAUUCAAUAAGUAUGCCAACUAUGAGAAAUUCUUCAACCUUCAAAUCAUUUGAGGACAAAGUUGGAAAUAUCAAGCACAAGGUGGUUGGAGGAAAAGCCAAUGGUGAAAGCGACCACUCUCCGAACGAGUCGAACCCAGUGCAGGACAAUGCCCUGUUCUGAGAGCCCACCCUGCUGACUUAAACACUCAUCUCAUUUCUUUGUGACUCCUGACUACACCCACGCUUCAGUUGUCCCUCCCUUUCUCUCUCUCUCUCAAUUAUUUUAUCCCUCCUUUCACUGACACCCCUCCAUCUACUGCUAGCAUGUGCUUGCCUCAUCUCUCCAUUAAAAAUACACAGUACAGUGCCAUGAAAUGAUCACAGGUUGUACAAAAAAAAAAGAACAAUGUUGAAUCAUUUCGUAUUAGAAACUAUUUUACACUGCUUUGCAUAAUGUUUUUACAUAACUUUUAUCUAUAUAUGAAUAUAAAUAUCUAUAUUGAAACAAUACUGCCAAGCAGCAUUCACCAGAUGGUAGGGGGGUAAAAAAAUAAAGAUGCAACGUUUAAACCUGAAAGGGGAGGAUAUCGGACAUAUAUGAAAAACAAAAAGCUGCAGGUUUUUAUGCUGCUGAGCAUUCAGUCCAGUCAUUUUCUACUCUCAGUACAAUGUGAAGCAAUGCUUUGCUGUACACUUGUGAAUGUCUGACCUUCUCAGUCGGCCUUACGCUCGCACUAUAUUGAUCAAUCUGUUUUUUUUGCUGGAUAGACAUGUUACAUUAAGUUGUUUUUUCUCUUUAUCCUCUUUGUACCUUUUGCUGUUUCUUGUUCUCGCUCAGUUGAAUUUUUGGAUUCAUGGGAAUGUUUUAUUUAUGCUGUGUUGAUGUCAGAAAUGAUGAUCCUUUGCUUUGUGCCAUGCUAUGGAUGCCAGAUUGCAGAUGCCAGAGACGUUUGGUGUCAUACAAAACUAGCACAUCACAAGUGUCACAAUUUAAGAAAUGACAAAAAAUGUUUCUCUUGCUCUUAUGUGCGUUAACCCAAAAUGUUAAAGGCUGAGUAAGGCCUUUUGUGUCAGCUCCGUUUAUUUAGCAGCAUUUGUUUAUUUGUCCAGCAGAAGUGGACACUAGUGUUUUCUGUAUGGUAGCACAGUCACUUUUAACCUGAAAGAUAUUGGAUUAUAUUUCACUAUUGGCAUAUGUUUUUUUUAUUUUUUAUGUAAUGAA